AACGGUGUACUCUUGGGGCAUGCAAGAGGCAUACGCUUGUUUUUCUUUUAUUGUUCUUCUGUGAACCAUAGUGGAGACAUGGAUGUUAGUGUAAAUUCCUAUUGUACCGUGUUGGAUAAAAGAAGCCAAUCUAAAUUCCUUUGCUACACUCGCAGGAAAGAUGGAAUGCUUAGUGUCUGUCUGACAGAUGCUGCAAAUGUCUGGAGUGUGGAGUACACUAAGGACAGCCUGAAGCACCUUGGGCAGCGGUUUGCCUUAAAAUCUACAGAGGAUUAUGUCUUAAAACUCAGGGCAUCCUGCAAUAGUGGAGAUGUGUCUGUUACCGUGCAUGAGGUUGGUGCAGAGCUGCGUUUGGGAUCCAGUCCAGGAGACCUGAGUGUAACCCUGUCCAGACUGGAAGGUCCACAGGCCACAGACAAGUUGAGGGAGCUGCUGUUCACGAUGGCUGACAGCCUCACACAGCUUGACAGUGGGCCCUCAAGUGGACCCCCCUCAGCCAGUCCAGUGAAAAAUUAUCAAAGACGGCCCACAGAGUUUGAGCCCUGGCAGGAGCAGAGCAGCACUCCAGCAAUGACCAUGAAGAGAAGACUUCCGGGGUCCUCACUCAUCAACCCAGGGGUUAAAAAGUAUGGUGUCUCUUACAGGACUUCAAUAGAGCAGUGAUGCUACUGAUGUGAGUGAAAACAAGCCACUGUCCAU